UGGGGGGUGGGGAUUGCGCAUUAUGUGUGCGUGUUUGUGACGUUGUAUCAGAGGUUGCCGACGAGCCAGACGCUGCCGAAGGAGCUGCAUCCGGUGUAUUGCAUGUUCAUUGCCACGCCGUCGGCUGCGAGUCUUGCUUGGAACGCCAUUUAUGGGGAGUUUGAUGCGGUGGCGAGGACGUUCUUCUUCAUCGCCCUGUUUCUGUAUCUGUCCCUUGUCGUGCGGAUCAAUUUCUUCUGGGGAUUCAAGUUCUCGGUGGCGUGGUGGUCGUACACGUUCCCCAUGACGACGGCGUCAUUGGCGGCCAUAAAGUACGCGGAGGAGGUUCCGACUGUAGGGAGCAAGGUGCUGGCGCUGGGCCUCGCGAUCACAUCAUCCGCAAUCGUCUUAUCUCUGUUCAUCUCUACGCUCCUGCACGGCUUGGUAUGGCGUUCGCUCUUCCCGAACGAUCUCGCCAUAGCCAUCAGCAGGAGCAGGAAGAGAUCCUCUGCCGGGAAGACGACGAGCCACAUAGAACAAGGGCCGGCGGAGGGCAGCAGUGGGUAUGACAGCCUUCGCCCGGCGGG